UAAACCGUUUGCGAAGGUGUAAACUUCGUCAGAAAAGUGAUAGUUUGCGUUGUAUGCUGUUAGCCAACAUUUUGCAUCUGCUAGCGGGAUUAGUGUUGUUCUUUUUUACCGUUCAUUACAUUUAUUAUAUCGUAACAGCACUAUAUCGGUUCUCUGGUACCGUUCAGAUGCAAUCGGAAGAUGCUAAAUACAUCAAGAAACGAUGGAAGGGUGGAACAGUCGAACCUCACCCCACCGAAAAAGCACUCAUCGUCAACUACAAGCUAGAGGCUGCUGUCUUCGGUGACCCUGGAGAUCCUAUGUUGGAGGACAAAAAGGACUGCCAGCGGAUCAUACGACUUAAGUCAUUAAACUCUAAAACUGAUCCCGCCGUACUUGCGCGGGAAGUUGUAGAAAAGUGUGACCUUAUCCAUAAAUCGCAGCUAUGUGACAUUGAGCAAAUCAUCUACUACCUGAAGAAUCGCAAAGUGGUAGAAACCCCUGUUGUCAGUACCGGCCAUCAACGGUCCGUAUCACGCAUAUCCGAUAAAACGAGCUCAACCAUCGACACCGAAAAAGCUUCAAUCAGAAACGUCGAUGACUAUAUCGAGCUGCUGUACGAGGAUUUGGCCGAAAAGGUGAAAGGAUCCCGGCUGAUAUUGCAGCUAGCGCGCGAUCCAGAUAAUUUGGAAGAGUUGGAAAAGAAUGAAGCGGUACUUAGUGCUCUGUCUCGUGUGCUACGCGAAGACUGGCGCCGUUCGUUGGAUCUUUCCACCAACAUCAUUUACAUCUUCUUCUGCUUCUCGACCUAUACCAACUUCCACUCCGUCAUAGUGAACUACAAGAUUGGCUCACUGUGCAUGGACGUGAUCGAUUACGAGUUGCGCCGGUACGAUCAAAUGAAGCACGACAUUGAUGCUCGCAAGAGCAUGUCCGCAAGCUUCAGCAAUGGAAGCGCGAAGGAAAAGGAGAUUGAUAUAGCCGGUGCAAAGAGCAGCACGGAACAGCUGGAUACGAUUAUUGAUCAGGAAAAGCCAAAGGAAAUGGAACCGCCGAGACGACGUAUACCGGAACUAAAGCAACGUCCAAAGUCGGGCAACUGGAGCAGCAACCUUAGCGGCAGCGGUAUCGCUCUGAACAGUCCACUAACCAAAGCACACUCAAUGAAUAACAGCUACCACGAGCAGCUGACCAAUGAAUCUAGUCCUACCAGCAAUGGUUUCACCAGCCCAAUCACUAGCUCCAAUUCGACCGAAUCGAUGAACGCUGCCGGCUACAGUAUCCCGCACGCACCGGGUUCCGCUGGGGCGGACACUGUUGCGUCGGAAAAACCGGAUCCACGCAAGCUGAAGGACGAUUACGAUAAAAUUAACAAACAGUUCAAGCUGUUCGUUCGCAAGCAGGAGCAGCUGCUGCGCGUUGCGUUCUAUCUGCUGCUCAACAUAGCGGAAAACGUUAAGCUGGAGGAAAAGAUGCGCAAGAAGAAUAUUGUAAAAAUGCUGCUGACAGCAUUGGAGCGGCAAAACUUUGACCUGCUCGUGCUGGUCGUUACCUUCCUGAAGAAGCUCUCCAUCGUGCUGGACAACAAGGAGGAAAUGUAUGAGCUGAACAUCGUCGAAAAGCUGCCACGCCUGUUGCAAUCGCAGAAGGAUCUCGUGCAAAUGACGCUGAAGCUGCUGUUUAACCUAUCGUUUGAUGCACGUUUGCGGGCGAAAAUGAUUCGCGUCGGUUUGCUGCCGAAGCUGGUCACGUUUUUGAGCGACGAUAAGCACCAUGGCAUCGUGACGAAGAUUCUGUACCACAUGAGCCUGGACGAUAAGGUGAAGUCCAUGUUUACGUACACCGACUGCGUACCGGUUGUGGUCGAUAUGUUACUUCUGAAUCUUAAUCAAAAGUCCGACCCGGACCUGAUUGCGCUCGGCAUCAACCUGGCACUGAACCGACGCAACGCGGCAAUGAUGAUAGAAAACAACCGGCUGCACAGUUUGAUGUCCCGCGCAUUCAAAUGUCAGGACACGCUGAUCAUGAAGAUGAUACGCAACAUCUCGCUCCAUGAUACACUGCGGCCACACUUUGUGGAUUUUGUGGGCGAUCUCGCUAAAAUUUUAACCGAGUGUGACGAAGAAGAAUUUUCCGUCGAGUGUCUUGGUAUUUUAGGUAACUUAGCUCUGGCCGAUUUAGAUUAUUCGCAGAUUAUCCACAACUUCAACCUUAUACCGCUGAUUCGAAACAUGCUUGUACCAGGUAAAUACAAGGAUGAUCUGGUACUAGAGAUGGUUGUUUUCAUCGGUACGUGCGCAUUGGACGAAUCGUGCGCUAUGCUGUUGUGCAAAGCGGACGUCAUUCUUUCCCUAAUCGAGCUGCUCAAGGCUAAGCAGGAAGACGACGAGAUGGUGCUGCAGAUUGUGUUCGUCUUUCAACAGGUGUUGCGCCACGAAAGUACGCGCUGCUACAUGAUCAAGGACACCGAAUCGCCCGCCUAUUUGAUCGAUCUGAUGCACGACAAGAACGAAGAAAUACGACGCGUUUGUGACGUGUGUCUCGACAUCAUUGCCAUCACAGACAGUGAAUGGGCAUCGCGAAUAACGCUGGAAAAGUUUCGCAAUCAUAAUAGCCAGUGGCUUAGUAUGGUGGACUCGCAGGAAACUGCUGACGAUGUGCAAACGUACGGUCCGAUUGAGGACGAUGAAGCCGAUCUGCCCACCUACCUGACGUCAGAAUAUCUUGAUCAACUUUACCUGCUGGGCGGUGACACGAACGAUGAUAACGAUUGUAACAAACAUCGUUCCGGCUCUUCAAUGUCUAAUUACAGUCGUCCUGUCAGUCGCUAUAGCCGUGAUCUAGAAGACAUGGAAAUUAUCCAUUAAAUAAUGUGCGUCGUUGUGCCAGACGUUGUGCA